GCGCUCGGCCAAACUCAUCGGCAUUGAGCCUUCAUUCUUUAAAAUUUCCAACCUGCACGUGCGCAAGGGCCAAAUGUUUUCGCAGCAGCACAUGCGCGAGGCAGAAUCGGUUUGCAUUAUUGGCAACGGGAUUAAGAAAAAGCUCUUUACCGGCAAAGAUGCCAUUGGCAAAAAAUUAAAAGUGGGCAAUCAAUGGCUCACCGUUAUUGGCGUUACGGAUGCGAUAAACGUAAGUGAAAAGGCGCAAGAUAACCUCGGCAUCCGCGAUUACAACAUGGAUAUUUACGCGCCCAUUAACACGGUGCUGGUGCGUUAUAAAAAUCGCGCCAAGCUGCAGGCCGAUAAAAACCCACGCGAUGACGAUGAGGAAGAAGCCAAGCGCGAAGUGUUGGGCUUUAAUUACCACCAAAUUGAUCGUUUGGUGGUGCAGGUUAAUGAAAGCAAUGUGCUCUCGGCCACAGCCGAUGUAAUUAGCCGUUUACUAAAACGCAAACACAACCAGGUGGUUGAUUUCGAGAUCAUUAUCCCCCAGCAAUUGCUGGAACAACAGCAGCGCACCAAAGACAUAUUUAACCUGGUUUUGAGCGCUAUUGCCGGCAUUUCCCUUCUGGUAGGCGGCAUUGGUAUUAUGAACAUCAUGUUGGCCUCGGUUAUGGAGCGUACCAAAGAAAUCGGCACCCGGCUGGCCAUUGGCGCCAAGAAACGCGAUAUUAUCAAUCAGUUUUUAUUUGAGGUAGAAGUACUCAGCUUGCAAAAGUCAAUAAAUCGCGCGCAACAGCAAUCGCCCUCCUAUUUCAGGGCCAUAAAUCUGGCCGAAAACCGCUACUGGAACUACCGCCAGUUUAAGGCCAGUUUUCUGCCCCAACUCAACCUAAGCGGAACACUGCCGCAAUACUCCAGCGCCAUUGACCGGGUUACGCAGCCGGACGGAACCUUUGACUUCCGCGCCAGCGAGCAAUUGUUUUUGUCUUCUCAGCUUUCGCUCGAUCAGAAUGUGGCCUUUACCGGAGGCCGGGUUUCGGUUUCCAGCGGUUUGCAGCGCACCAACGUUUAUCGCCCCAUUGAUCGCCUAAACUACUUUUCCACGCCCAUCAGCGUAUCGUAUUUUCAGCCCAUGCUGCUUUACAAUGACCUGAAGUGGCAGCAGAAAAUUAGCCCGCUGGCUUACAAGGAGUCCAUCCGCGCCUACAGCGAAGAUCUUGAGGAUAUUGCAACGGAAACCACCGAACUCUACUUUAACGCGUUAAACGCGGCCAUGAGCCAAAGAAUAGCGGCCAUUAACGUUGAUAAUAACGAUACCAUUUAUAAGAUUUCACAGGGGCGUUACAACCUGGGCAAAAUUGCCGAAAACGACCUGCUACAAAUUGAAUUAAAUAAGCUUAACGCUGAAAACACCCUCAACCAGGCGCAACUGCAAUACGAAGUAGCCACCCAGGCAUUAAAGCGCUAUUUGGGUAUUCCCACCAGCACCGAGUUGGACUUGGGCAUUCCCACGGAAGUGCCCGUUUUGGAUGUUACGCUGGAGCAGGCCCUUUCGGAAGCACGCCAAAACCGGGCGGCCGUACUGGAGUUUAGGCGCAGAAGGCUCGAAGCCGAACAAGAAGUAGCCCAGGCCCGGGGAAAUACAAAUUACAACCUGAACGUGCGCGCCAAUUUUGGUUUAUCAAGCCAGGGCCAGGAAUUUAACCAGGUGUACAACGACCCUUUUCAGCAGCAACAAAGUAUUUUGGUGGGCAUUAAUAUCCCAAUAGUUGACUGGGGCCAGGCCAAGGCGCAAAUAAGAAAGGCCAAGGCCAACCGCGAUUUGGCACAGGUAAAUAUUGAGCAGGACGAAAUAAAUUUUGAGCAGGAAAUAUUCUUGCAGGUUAUGCAAUUUAACGCGCAGUAUAGUCAGCUAAAAAUUGCGGCAAAGGCCGACACGGUGGCGCAAAAGCGAUACACAGUGGCCAAGCAGCGCUACCUAACCGGGAAAAUUUCCAUUACCGAUUUUAACAUCGCCCAAGCCGAAAAAGAUCAGGCCAAACAGGCCUACCUCAGGGCGCUACGCACUUUUUGGAUAAAUUAUUACACCCUGCGCAGGCUUACUCUGUACGACUUUGAAAAUAACCGGCCCAUUGUUUACGAGCCUGAUUUUGAAGAGUAA